UGAUAAAUAAGUAUAAGGUAUCUAGUAUAAUCUUUCAAUAUGUACUUUACUUUGUCGAAACAUCAAUACACAUACGAACCGCCUGUCACAAGAGUGACAUUUAGGAUUGUAUAAUGGAGCACAAUGAUUUAGGAAGAGAUAACGACGUCCAUGUCCCAGUCGAGUCUCCGUACUCUGCUCACACCUGUCCACAGGAGAACCACCCUACGUCUCCUCGUCUAGACGCGAUCGUAUCAUGAGUCGGAAAUGGGAUCCACCAAAGUCUUCAUUCGACAAAGGAGUUGGUGGUCUGGCCCUUAAUGACGUCAGUGUUGACACGGUGGCUACAUCAGCGCGGUACGUGUUCGAAGAAGGCCCGCAAACAGAGCCACUGGUUCCUCCCAUCUAUCACUCCUCCACCUACAAACUCAAGAGUGUGGACGACUACCUAGAAAUACUAGAAAAGGGUGGCUACAUAUAUUCCCGCCUGAACAACUUCACGUCCGACAAUGUGCAAAGCGUGCUCAACAACCUCGAGAAAGGGGAGGGAACUCUGGUGUUCAACACGGGCAUGGCCAGUACAACAACGGCUUUGUUCGGAUUCCUCAAGUCGGGGGACCAUAUCGUGAUUAACAAUCCGUGCUACAGUGGUAUCUUUGACAUAGUCAAGAAUAUAUUUCCAAAGUUCAAUAUCGAGGUGACUUUUGUACAAGCAGGAUGUGACGUAGAUGAGUACCGGAAACACGUCAAAUCAAACACGAGGAUGUUGUAUGGAGAGACACCCUGUAACCCCACUAUGGCCAUCUUGGACCUUGCGGAAUUUGGCAAGCUGGGUAGGUCACUCGAAAACGUCAUCACGUUGGUCGACAGCACGUUUGCCGGUCCGUAUCUCCAGAGUCCGAUACAACAUGGAAUCGAUAUAUGUAUGCAGAGCUGCACAAAAUAUUUAGGCGGCCACAGCGAUUUAACCGCGGGAAGUUUAACAUUCAGAACGAAGCAUCUGUGGCAAGAAGCAAUACGCUACCAAACCACUUUCGGAAGUAGUCUGUCUCCGCAUGAUGCCAGUUUAUUGCUACGGGGCAUCAAAACACUGCCAAUACGAAUGGAACGUCACAGCUCUAACGGACAAAAGGUGGCGGAGUUCCUGGAGAAACAUCCUAAGAUCGAGUGGGUCAUGUACCCUGGUCUACCGUCACAUCCCCAGCACGCCGUGGCCAAGCAACAAAUGAAGAUGUUUGGGGGAAUGAUGUCGUUUGAGGUCAAAGGUGGAUUGGAAGGAGGCAGAACCCUAGUAGAGGGACUCCACGUCAUCAUUCUGGCAGUGUCACUUGGGGGCGUGGAGAGUCUCAUAGAACAUCCGGGCACUAUGACACACGGGCCAAUGUUGAUGAAUGACGAAGAUAGACGAAGUGGUGGGAUAUCUGACGGACUUGUGAGAUUAAGUGUUGGAUUGGAGGACCCUGAUGAUUUGAUUAGAGACCUGCAGCAAGCUUUAGAAAAAGUAGUAUGCUAGAUUUUAAAAAUCUCCAUAUAUUCUUUCUGAUACAUGUGAAAGUACGAAAUCCAUUUUCAUUAAUUUUCAGUAAUGUUAUUAAUAUUAAAUUGAUCUGGAAAUGGCUUCCUUCACACACCAGUGUAAAGAAGACGUAUUUUAUUUCAUGGAAGUAAGAGAAAUGUGUUUUAUGAUAUAAUAAUAGUUUGAUAAAGUUUAAUGACAGAUGUGUACAUUCUCUGCUUUCAUACGUAGUUGUAUUCUGAUUCUUUUGUUACAAGUUAGAUUAAGAGGGGCAGACAUGCGAUGCAUAAAUUGCAUGGUAUUUAAACAGUAACAAAUUAAAAAAGUAUGCAUGAAAAUUGCAGUAUUUAUUACAAUAAAUGUUUUAUAAUUUAAAAUAAAACGAAAUAAAUAUG